UCUUCUCCAUCGUUACGCUCUUGUCUUCCUCUCGAUUGAGUAAACCCUAAUUUUCCCAAACCGCAGACACAGAGAGAGAGAGACACACCAAUGAAUCUCCCGUCAUCGACCGCGACGUCGACUUCGGACUCCCCUCACACGGCGUCGUCGACUCCCCCGGGGACGUGCGUCGCUUGCAAAAGCCAAGACUCCUGGGUCAUACACUCGGCGCGUCUCCGCGGCAUCCUCCGCUUCUACUGCACGCACUGCCUCCUCCGCAACCACCCGGCGUCGUUUUGCCCCACCUGCUUCGCCUUCUACGAUUCCUCCCCUCCGCACCAGUCCCGCCGCGUCUCCUGCUCCGACUGCAACUCCAACACUCACAUCCACUGCGCGGGAGACGCCAAGUCCCCUCCUUACCGCUGCCCUCCCUGCCGCGACCCCGAAAACUUCUCCUUCUUUCGCCCCGUCGUCGACGAAAACGGCGCUCGGUCCAUGGACAAGUCCCUCUCGGAGGCGUUUCUGUGCGCGGCGAAGAUCGCAGCGUCGUCGAUGAACAAGGCUGUUACUUUCUACAGAAGCGAGGCUGAGAGGAAAGGGAAAGACGCCGCCGUGGCGAAGAAGAGAGCGAGGGAGGCGCUCGAGGACGUGCUUAAGCUCGAGGAGAAGGCUAAGUCGGCCGCCGUUUCGAAGCCUUCGGUGGAUGUCUCCGGGAAUAGAGAUCAGAAGCCGAAACAGAGUCCUGCUUCGAAUGGUGGUUUGAAACAGAUUGAGAGCUCUGCCACCGCCACCGCCACCACCCAAGUGAAGAAACAGAGUCCGUCUGUAAUGCAAGUUAAGCAAGAGAAGUGAUGGUUUUGAAUGAGGUUUGUCUUUGAGGCUUUCAUUGGAUUUUCCCUAAGGGCGGGCUUCUGUAGCAGUAUGAACUCGCUUUAGAACAAGAUCAGAGAAGUAUAUUCUAAUUUUAUGGUCUAUUAAGAUUAGAAAUCUAGACGAGGAAGAC